AUGUUAUACGUUGUUUCCUCUUUUCUAUCUUUUCUUUUCUUUUUCUUUAUUUCUUUAUUUCUUUCGUUCUUUUUCUUUUUUCUUUUGUUUUUCUUUCUUGCUUUCUUUUUUCUUUUUUUUCUUUUUUUUUUUCUUUUCCUUUCUUUAUUUUCUUUUUUUCUUUUUAUUUCUUUCUUUAUUUCUUUCUAUUUGGCUUUCUUUUCCCUAUUUCUUUUUCUUUUUCUUUCUUUUCUUUUUCUUUCUUGCUUUAUUUUCUUUUUCUUUCUUUUUCUUUUCCUUACUUUCUUCCGUUUUUCUUUCUUUUUCUUUCUUUCUUUUCUUUGUCUUUCUUGCUUUCUUUUUUUCCUUUCUUUCUUUCUUUCUUUCUUUCUCUUUCUUCCUUUUCUGUUCCUUUCUUUCUUUCCUUCUUUCCUUCCUUCUUUCUUUUCUUUUUCCCUCUUUCUUUCUUUCUUUGGUUUAUUUUUCUUUCUUUCUUUCUAUUUCAUUUCUUUCUUGAUUUCUUUUUAUUUCUCUCUUUUCUUUUCUUUUUCUGUCUUUCUUUCUUUCUAUCUUUUCUUUUUCUAUAUUUCUUUGUUUUCUUUUUCUUGCUUGCUUUACUUUCUUCUUUCUUUUUUCUUUUCCUUUCUUUCUUUCUUUUUCUCUCUUUUUUCUUUUCUUUUUCCUUCUUUCUUUCUUUCUUUCUUUGUUCAUUAUGAAAAUAAUCGAGGGCUGCUAUUAACCAUAGAACACGUGCUUAUCACUCCUCCUCUUCCUCCUCUUCACCCCUUCUAUUAUAUAUCUAACCCCCACUGUCAUUCACUUUUCUCUGCUGUCUCCAUGAUCCUAACUAAUUCGCUUCAGUGUCCUUCUUGUAAGAAUCACAGUUCACUCCUCCCUACCCAACAAGAAAUUAUAACUUCUUUCUACAUUACCUUUUCUUCUUUUCUACUUUUUUCACCACGUUUUUUUUCUUUUUGUUUACCGUUUCUACAACUUAUGAUUUUCUUUCUUCUUUCUUUCUUUCUUUCUUUCUUUCUUACGACAUUUCUGAUAUUCUUUUUCCUUUCUACAUAUCUGAUUUUCUUUCUUCUUUCUUUCUUUCUAUCUCUUUCUUUCUUACGACAUUUCUGA